GCGGCGGAGGCGGCCCCGGGCUCCGGCGGCUGGGAUGGAGCAGAAGCGCGCCGGGCGCCGGAGGAUACGCAGCUGACGGAGCCGCGCGGCGCUCGCCUCUCUUCCCCUCCCGCCGACCGAGCCGCCCGGGCCGCCCGGCUCCCACAGUAGCCAACCGGGCAGAGGAGGAGCCGCCCGCGCCCGGUGCGCUCGGUCAGUCCUGGCAAACUCUCCUGCCGCCCGCGCCGGGUUCGGCACUAAGCAGCAGGGUACCAUGGUCUGCAAGACGCUCUUCGCUCUCUUCAUCGUCACAGCAGGACUAAGGGUACAGCGUGUGUCUGCAACAACAGUCUUGCCUGUUUCUCUUCCCACAAAGAUCACCCCUGCAACGGCCGUCUGGACCAGCACUCCGCAAAGCCCUCCUGCCUCCCCUACCAGUGGCACGCCCAGCACCUCGGUCCUCCCGAUUAUAGCAUCGGCCCCGACAUCUCCACCCACUAAGAACGUCUCUGUAGAGGCCGAAGCAGAGGAGGAGCCCACGAGUCCAGCCUCCCAGUCGGCAGGCACAGAGACAGUCCCCUCACCAACAAGCGGUGGGCUCCAUUUAACACCCACGCCGAAGGAACACAGCCCGGUCACGCCCGAGGCCAGCGUGCCAGCUACAGGGUCGCAACCCCAGGCCGAGUCUCCCGCACUCACCUCCCCUCAAGCGCCAACCUCAUCACCCUCGCCUCCAUCAACCUCACCGCCGGAGGUUCCUUCUGCCUCCAUCAGCACCAGUAACAGCUCUACAGAAACCAGCACCAAGCCCACAGGAGCCCCGACCACCCCGAAGUCCCCAGAGGAGGAGCACAGCUCUGGACAGACACCCACUUCACAUGCCACAGCCACACCGAUGCCCACAGAGACCACGUCCCAAGCAGCUGUGCCCCCCAAAGGGACCCCUAUGCUGAUAGACACAGAGACCACCGCUGCCUCCCCCCGGGUGAUCAUGCAGGAAGUGGAGCAUGCACUAAGCUCAGGCAGCGUCGCCGCCAUCACAGUGACAGUCAUUGCCGUGGUCUUGCUGGUGUUUGGAGUUGCAGCCUAUCUGAAGAUCAGGCACUCCUCCUACGGACGGCUCCUGGAUGAUCAUGACUACGGCUCCUGGGGAAACUACAACAACCCGCUGUACGACGACUCCUAACGAAGGCGGGCACGAUGCGGUCCAGUUGACCUCGCCCCGCGCUACCUCGCAGAUGUGUUGUGAGGACGAAUGAAAUCAUGUCUACAGUGUCUUCAGUUUCUGGAGAGAAAUAUUUAUCGACAUUUUAAGUAUUACAAAAAUGUAGAAGUGAUCUCAGUUUCUUGUUUGUUGUUAUACUGGUGUUCUUAUUUCAAUCGAUCGGACGACAGCUGUAGAGGACCUCCAUCAGACAGCUGUUAACAGCUGCAGCUACCCCCGCCCCGCCCCCCCCCCGCCCCCGCCCCGUGCCACUGACUGACCUCCUAGGACCACGGAGGAUGAUUUCCAUCUCUGAAUGACAGGACGGCCCAGGACAUCGGUCUCACAGACUGUUGAGUUAGGGUAACUCAUGUGGGUACCUGAGCGCUAACUGCAGUAGGCCUGGCCUUUACCACCCCAAAGUCUUGUGGGUUCUUUGUGGAGUGGAUUUUGGUUUGACGUCAUCUGUUUGCCCUUCAUCUUGCUUGCAAGGGUGCAUGGUUCAAUCCCUCGCAUCUGGGAAGUGAAUUUUGCAGCUGGGCCAGAUGCUGAUUUGCACGUUGAUUCACCUUCUUUGCCUUUUACCUCUUUUUGGCAAAUGAAUGUACCAUUUCAACUUUGAUUUUCAAGUGCUGGCUGGUAUUGGUUCCAGCGCUAACCAAGAGACCCACGCCAGAGCGCUUUCUUGGGGUGAGUUAGCCAACAUCAUUUAAAGAUGGAAAGACGUGCACCUUCUUUGAUAUUUGAUGUCACUGUAUCUACAUUUGUUGUAAGACAUAUUGCAUACUAAUUACAAGUAUAUCAAUUAAAGUUCCUAAAAGCUUGCCUCUGA